AUGCCAACAGAAAUGUCAGUGAUCAGUAUGGGAGCUGUGCUUGUAGUUGUACUGCUUUUGAUGUUAUUGAUUUGCAUUUGUGGACGGAAAGACAAAUUUAUGCAAGAUCACAAGGGAAGGAAGUCUACAGUAUCUAGACUACUGCAAUAUCUCUAUCAGUUUCUUCCCCACUCCUCUUCUCCUUCCCUCCCAGGUCCUCCCAGCCUCUUCCUCCUGGGCAAUAUGCUGGAUCUGACAAAUGAACACCUGCCUAUUCAUCUGACCAACCUGGCACAACGCUAUGGAAGCAUCUACCGUCUUAAAUGUGGCAACACAACCAUGGUUGUGCUUAACAGCAGUGAUGUCAUAAGAGAAGCACUGGUUAAGAAAUGGUCUGACUUUGCUGGGAGACCACAUUCCUACAUGGGAAAUAUUGUGUCCGGAGGAGGAUAUUCCAUUUCUCUGGGGAACUACAGUGAGGAGUGGAGGGCACACCGCCGUCUUGUCCAUAGUGCCUUGCAGCGCUGCUGCCAACAAUCUUUGCACAGUGUAAUAGAGAGACAGGCACUGCACCUGCGACAGGUUUUGAUGGGCUAUGGAGGUAGUGCUGCAGAUCUCUCUGAGGAUUUCACUGUGGCAGCCAGUAAUGUCAUCACCACUCUGGCUUUUGGGAAAGAAUAUGACAAGAGCUCAGUGGAACUGCAGCGUUUGCACAGUUGUCUGAAUGAGAUUGUUGCUCUGUGGGGCUCUGCCUGGAUUUCUGCUCUGGACUCCUUUCCACUGCUCAGAAAAUUACCCAGUCCUCCGUUUGCCCGUCUCCUUAAAGAGGUGGCCAGGAGAGAUGAUAUCAUAAGCACACUUCUGAACAAUUACAAGUCACAAGACAAGAAAUCUGACAGUACCAUCACUAGCUCCAUCCUCCAGGGUCUUGACAAAUGUCGCAGCAAAACACAUGGAGUGCUCUUGACAGAUACUCACGUCCACAUGGCCAUGGUGGACCUUCUGAUUGGGGGGACAGAGACCACUGCUGCCUGGCUUAACUGGACUGUGGCCUUCCUUUUGCACAGACCAGAGGUGCAGUGCAAGGUGUACAAUGAGAUGUGCAAGGUACUGGAGGGACGCUAUCCCAAGUAUAGUGACAGACAUAGACUUCCUGUUCUAUGUGCUGUGAUCAAUGAGGUGCUCAGACUCAGGCCUGUAGCCCCACUGGCAGUGCCACAUAGAGCCAUCAGAGACAGCAGCAUUGCAGGUUAUUUCAUCCCACGGAACACUGUGAUCAUUCCUAAUCUUUUUGGAGCACAUCACGAUCCUGCAGUUUGGAGUGAUCCCUACCAUUUCAAACCAGAGCGCUUUCUGGAGGGUGGGGGAGGCUCCAUGCGUGCACUACUGCCUUUUGGAGGAGGGGCUCGGCUGUGUCUGGGGGAGUCUGUUGCCAAAAUGGAGCUCUUUCUGUUCACUGCCUACUUGCUGAGAGAUUUCCAGUUCAUCCCUCCUGAAAAUGAGGCCUCACUGCCUAACCUGAGAGGAGUUGCUAGUGUUGUGCUCAAGGUCAAGUCCUAUAAAGUUAUAGCAUGUCCACGUCCUGUGGCUUGA